UUCACCUCCCAGUUUAAACUAACUCUUGAAAACUAUAUCAAGUUUUGUAAAUCCCUUUGUAUUCUUGAACUUCAGAGAAAAAAAUGGUUUUCCAAAGAGAAGCAGCAGCUGAAACCGAAAGUAGAUCAACAACACAACAAGGCGAGCUAAGGGUUAAUGAAGAUAGCAAUAAUGAAGCAAUUGAAGAAGAGAAUCCAGGAGAGUGGUUGAACCUAACACUCGGUGGGAACUUAAUACCAGCACCUGGAGACUCUGAGUCUGCCUUGGACCCGCCGUUAAGACGAGUUCCUUCCAAGGUUUUCUCUUGCAACUUUUGCAAGAGGAAGUUUUACAGUUCACAAGCUUUGGGUGGCCACCAAAACGCCCACAAGCGGGAGCGAGGUGCAGCCAGAAGAUAUCAUUCCCAGAGAAUGAUGGCGAUGAUGAGCUUGCCGACGAGCAGUCAAAUGGUUCGAUCACUUGACGUUCAACCGCAUUCGCUUGUGCACAAAUCAACCAGAGAUGCAGCUACUGCAAGUGUAGCGAGAUUUAUUGAUACUUACUCAGUGCAGUUCACAGUUGAUGAUGGAACGGACUUCAUGUGGCCAGGCAGUUUCCGUUUGGAUCCUCGACCACCCGAACCGCUGUCAGAACCAUCCAAGCUUGACUUGAAUCUUCGGCUCUAAUCCAUCUAUCUACUCUUGUCCAAGUUUAAAAAUCUCUUAAAACUUCAGAUGAUUGUUAGGCAAAACUUUUGA